UGUUUCUAUUUCCCUCUCCCUUCCUCUCUGAAAUCAAUACAAAUUAUAUAUAUAAAGGAAAGUUCAUUGAUACACUUGCUCCCUCAGGAACUUAUUUCAGGGAAAAGCGACAGAACCGUGGACAGCACCAAAUGAGACAAAGCGCUAGGUGCGGAGAGGCGGCAGCACCGCGGACAGCGACAGCACUGCAGCUGGGUGAGAGGUGGGGAGGGGCGACUUUAUCAGCUGACUCUGACGUAGCCUGGGUCCCCUGUCUGAUAAAGCUGGUCCGGGUGGGCACGCUGGGAUUCCCUCCCCGGAGCUGCAGCCCCAGACCGGGUGGGGCAGGGCAGCGGAGGCAGGUCCCCGAAAGCACCAGGUCCCGGCUUGGCUUCCCGCAUGCAAUCGAGGCUGCCGCCUGCCGCCUGGAGCGAGGGGCGGGCACGCGGGCAGAGCGCCUGGGAGUCCUGUUCUGACGCACCACCCUUUUCGCCCAGCUUCUUCCCGGCUUGGGAGAUGCUCGGCUACGGGUGACCAGACUGCUGUCUCCGCCAAGGCGGGGAGCCCCAGGCGGGCGGUGGCAGCUGAGGCGGGCCUGGCUGAGACACGGCUCCCGGGCCCCGCUUCCCUAGCCUCAGAGGGGCUCAGACCUGCCUCUGCGUGUAGCGCAGCGCCUCCUCUCCUCCACGCCAUCUCCCACAGAUGCUCACGGGCAGCAGGUCCCAGCAGCCCUGCCACUGCCCACUGACCACUUAUGUCCUCUUGAAAGCCCUCGGCACGCACCCUGGGCCGGGCUUCUGACCCAAGAUGGAUUUGCCUGGGAACCUAACGACCAACCUCAGCCUGGGCACAGAAGACCCGCGCCCCCGCCCGCUCCGCCUCUCGGUGCUCGGCGCCUUUGUGCUGACCUUGCUCGGCUGUCUGGUGGCAGCGACCUUCGCCUGGAACGCGCUGGUACUGGCGACAAUUGCGCAUGUGCGCACCUUCCACCGCGCUCCGUACAACCUGGUGGUGUCCAUGGCCGUCUCGGACGUGCUGGUGGCCACGCUGUGGAUCGCGUGCGAUGUUCUCUGCUGCACAGCUAGUAUCUGGAGUGUGAUGGCCAUCGCGCUGGACCGCUAUUGGUCCAUCACGCGCCACCUGGCGUACACGCGGGGCACGCGUCGGCGCGUCUCCAACUUCAUGAUCGCGCUGACGUGGGCGCUGUCCGCGGCCAUCUCGCUGGCGCCGCUGCUCUUUGGCUGGGGGGAGAUCUACUCGGAGCGCCGGGAGGCCUGCCAGGUGAGCCGUGCGCCCGCCUACGCCGUGGUCUCCACGCUGAGCGCCUUCUACCUGCCACUGGGCGUGGUGCUGUUCGUGUACUGCAAGAUCUACAGGGCGGCCCGGCUGCGGCUGGGCUUUCGGAGGAGCAACAGCGUGCAUCCUGCGCCGAAGGCUGUGCAGAGGGUCCCUGCUCAGGAGCCCCAGAUGCUGUUCACCGCCCGCCACAACACCGUCACCUUCCAGGCAGAAGGGGACACGUGGAGGGAGCAGAAGGAGCAGAGAGCCGCCGUGAUGGUGGGCACUCUCAUCGGGGUGUUUGCCAUCUGCUGGAUCCCCUUCUUCACCACGGAGCUCGUCAGCCCCCUCUGCGCCUGCGACCCCCCUGCCCUCUGGAAGAGCAUCUUCCUUUGGCUCGGCUACUCCAACUCCUUCUUCAACCCCCUGAUCUACACGGCCUUCAACAAGAGCUACAGCAACGCCGUCAGGAGCUUCUUCUGUAGGCAGCACUGAGUCCCAGGACCUGGGAUUAAAAAGGGCUAAUUCCAUAACUCAGUGAAAUCUUCAGUGUGGCCUGUGUCCCCAUCCCCAGCUGGCAGCACACAGCCUAGACCAGCCCCUCAGUUCUCCCGUGGCCUUCAAAGCCCCCUUCUCCAUCCCAGCCAGGAAGGCGGCCGCCGGGCUGAUGUGGUGACCUCUUUAUCUCAUAGAUCUACUCUUUCUCAUUCUGCACCUAAUAGCUACCUUGCCCACUAAGUGCCCUUUCCUCUCCCAAAUCCAGCAUGGCCGUCAUCCUCGUGCCUGAGAAGUCAAACAUGGCAUAUGCAAGGGAGGAAAUAAAAUAAUAUGGGCAGGUUGAGAAGGAAAUUGAAAAAUGAGUAAGAAGUUAUAAUGGGGACCUGGGUGGGGGGGGCGGUGUAGGAAACCAUCAUUCCAAGUAUGAAAUGGUCCCUACUUCAAAUUUUUCUUUCCAUGGUCCUGAUGGUGCACCCUAAUAUUUAUUGUGUGUCCCAAUAUUUGACUGCAAAAUACUGCCUCUAACCAUAAUAA